AUGUCUGACAAGCAGGAGAACGAUGGCAUCGAUAUCUCUCAGACCGAGAGCAGGACCUAUCCGGCAGCCGCGCCCGCGACUACUCGAAAGCAAUCGAUUGCUCGUCACUUCAAGCGUUUCUGGUGGGCGUAUCUGCUCGCACUCAUCUGCAUCGUUGUUCUCGUCGUCUGCUUAGUCAUCUUUGUUGGCGUUCCCAAGAUUGCCCAGAGCAAGGUCAACGAUUCCAAGCUGGAAGUCCAGGGCGUAAACGUCCUCAACACCAAGCCUGACAGCAUCAAGCUGGAGAUCAACUCUACCAUCACCACCGAUGGCUCCAUCAGCGCAAAGAUCGACCCCUUUGACGGCGUCAUAUAUCUUGAGGAUCUCCCCGAUCACACUCCUUUCGUCAACAUCUCCUUCCCCGCCACCAACGGCGACAAGCACCAGCAGGUCAACAUCAGCCAGGAGGUCCAGAUCCAGAACCCUGAUGCUUUCAACACCUUCAACGUCUGGUUUGCCGCCAACAAGACCCUUCGCGUCACCAUUGAGGGUCGAACCAAGGUGAAGCCGUCCGGCCUGUCCACCAAGUUUGGCGUUACCUUCAAGAAGACCAUUACCAUGAACGGCCUCAACCUGUUCGACGGUAUCUCGGUCGACAACGCCAAGAUCAACAUGACUGCCAAAGAGGGCCAGCCAAACUUCACCGGCCUCUCCGAUAUCCCCAACGCCUCUUACUUCACUCUCGACAUUGGCAACGCUACCUUCACCAACUUCAUUGACGGCACCGACAUUGGCAACUUUACUAUCCCCAACCUCCUCCUUGUCCCUGGCAGCAACAAGGUCCCCAUUAGUGCUACACUUGACCAGCUCAAGGUCCUCGACAUCGUUCGGAGUCCCAAGUACUGCAAGACCGGAAUCGUCGACAUCAAGCUCCGGGGCUCUGCCGUUCGCAAUGACGGCGCGACGCUCCAGUACUUCCUCGACGCCCUCUCUGCCAACAACCAGACCCUUACCCUCGAUAUUGGUAGCAUCAUCAAGAAGUCUCUUGGCACCUCCGUCGGCUGCGCCAGCUCAUAA